CAUCAGUUACUGUUGCCCUGACUCUGAGUACCACAUUUGAGCCCCAUAGGCUCCAGGAAGUGGGAAAGGCUAGGAGGUAGCUCUAGGUAGCCAGAUCCUAGUUUUCCUGACUUUAGCAGCAUCCUAAGCCUGGUCCCUUGUUUAUGUGACGCUGUUGAAAUGAGUGUUUGCUUGAAACAACAUUCUGCCUUUAAGACACUCCCCACGAGCGCUCCUGCAAACAUGGUAAACGUUCCUAAGACCCGCCGGACAUUCUGCAAGAAAUGUGGGAAGCACCAAGCCCACAAGGUGACGCAGUACAAGAAGGGCAAGGAUUCUUUGUAUGCCCAGGGAAAGCAGCGUUAUGACAAAAAACAGAGUGGCUACGGCGGACAGACUAAACCCAUUUUCCGCAAAAAGGCUAAAACUACAAAGAAGAUUAUGCUGAGACUGGAGUGCGUUGAACCCAACUGCAGAUCUAAGAGGAUGCUGACUAUUAAGAGAUGCAAGCAUUUUGAACUAGGGGGUGACAAGAAGAGAAAGGGCCAAGUGGUCCAGUUCUAAGCUGAUUUUGUUAUGAAGACAAUAAAAUCUUGACCUUUCAAAAAAAAAAACAAAAAAAAAAAAAAAAAAACACUC